AAUUCCAGCAGUGUGCACACAAGUGUACUGACUAAACAUGAGUUCCACUAUUAGACUUUUAUUGACAUUUACAAUUAUUAAUUUCAAGAAUUAAAUGAGUGACGCUGGGUACCCUUGAGUUAUGACGUAAAGUGGAUAGUCCUGAUUAGUUUAUUUAUGUAAUAAAAUAUAUAUAUUAAAAAACAACAACUUACGCAUAAAUCAUACAAUAUGCUUCCACAAUCAGCUAAAUGCUAAUGCCUAGGGGAUAUAAUGUAACAUAGAAAGUAUUUAUCAGAAAGGGUUAAUGAUGAAGUUAUUUUUUAGGUCAUUUUAAACAGAAAUAAAAAGAGCACAUUUGAAUUGAAGAUCCAUUUGAUUGCAAAAGUGUGAAAUACACUAAUGGUAGUGUGUGAAUAACAAUAGUAAUUUGGAAUUUGUUAGAUGUAAUCAUACAUUAGAAUCAUCUUUUUAACCUGUUGGAUAUUUAUAGAUUAUUUGUGUAGCCUACGUUACAUGACGCUUUAUGAUAUCUCUCUCUUAUGUAGGUUACACAUUACUUUUUAAUAACAAUAACUUAAUUUAUGUAGCACCUUUAAAAAAAGCUGUGAUACAAUGUUGCAGCAAUGGUUGUAUAACUAUGUAAUUACAUUCAUAAAAUAGAUUAAUCAAGAUAGACUAGGGCGUAACCAUGCAUUAUUUGAGGGGAAUGUGUCCAGUCUGUCAGUACAGUAGAAAAUUUGUUAAACAUGUCCUCCUUGUCAAUAUGUCUAUGGUUGGUUCAGUGUGGCCAACUUUUUAGAUCCUCUUUAAAAACUGUAUUUCUUAAAAGCCACCAGUUUUGCAACUUAUUCAAAUCAGGAAAAAAGACAAAACAUUAUAGUAUUUGGGACAGGACUAGAGCUGCUCUUCUGCCAACAGCGUUAAUCCCUUAUAAACAACAGAACAACAAAACAUCAAAACAAAUGUCAGUGUAGUCAUCAAAAUGUUCUAUAUGUGCGCAUUUUAAUUCAUCGUUGUAGGAAAUGCUUUUCUGGUGGAGUGCUGUCAUUUGGACUCAUCCAAUGUCUAUAACUUGGUUAGACCCUUGUAGAAUCAUAACUGGUACGAAAGCACUGGUUUGCUGAAGCAAGCGGAAAUCUUUUAGCCACGGUUCCUGUUCCUGCCGAACAUUUUUUGCAGUGACACAAAACAAUCGCAACAGUACACGGAUGUGAGGUUGGGAGUACUAAAUCGCCAGGCCUCCACAUUAAAACAAGUGAGCCUGUAAUUGGUGCAGGGUCGGUGGUAUGUGUGUAUGGCAUACAUUAAUACGAGCUUCGCCCGCAACAAGCUGAAGUACGCUGCUUGGUCGUAGCUACAGAUCACGGGGCAGCUAACGUAACGUUAGCUACAAUGCUAACAUGAUGUUCAACCCUUUAGCCGGGUUACCAGAUGACCGAAAAUCCAUGUACAGCCAGUCACAAAACAGCGUGUACAAAACUGGAGACAAAACAAGCCCUAUUAGCGUCAUACUGGUUAGCUCUGGCAGCCGAGGACACAAGCUACUUUUUCGAUACCCUUUCCAAAGAGUGGCUGAAUGUCCGUCAUCUCUUACAGCUAAACAACGAAGUCCUUAUGCACUGAACGCAACCGGGGAUGGUCUUGAAGAUCAGGAUGGUGAUUCAAGGUUCUCUGACAUCAUCCUUGCCACCAUCCUGGCCACCAAAUCUGACAUGUGUGGGAAGAAGUUUGAACUGAAGAUAGACAAUGUUCGAUUUGUGGGUCACCCUACUCUUCUUCAGCAUCCUCCCAUCAUUCAGGUUUCUAAGACAGAUCCUUCACCUAAGAGAGAAAUGCCUACAAUGAUAUUGUUUAAUGUGGUGUUUGCCCUAAGGGCGAAUGCUGACCCGUCCGUCAUCAGCUGCAUGCACAACCUGUCCCGCCGCAUUGCAAUAGCUCUGCAGCAUGAGGAGCGGCGCUGCCAGUACCUGACCAGAGAGGCCAAACUGAUGCUGGCCGUCCAGGAUGAGAUUACUACCAUGACUGAGACGGAUGGAAGCCCCCAGUCACCAUUUAGACAAAUUCUUCCCAAAUGUAAGCUGGCUAGAGACCUGAAGGAGGGUUAUGACAGCCUUUGUACAACUGGUGUGGUGCGACUACAUAUUAACAACUGGCUUGAAGUGAGCUUCUGUUUACCACACAAGAUCCACAGGAUUGGUGGCAACUAUAUCCCCCCAGAGGCAUUAGAGCGCAGCCUUAAGGCUAUAAGACCCUAUCAUUCCCUACUGCUACUGGAAAGUGAGAAGGCACUGCUGAGCCAGCUUCCUCUGGACUGCUCGCCUGCGAUGGUGCGCCUCAUCAAAACCUGCUCAGCGGUGAAAAACCUGCAGCAACUCGCACAGGAUGCUGACCUGGCCUUACUUCAGAUAUUUCAAAUUGCUGCUCACUUGGUUUACUGGGGCAAAGCGAUCAUCAUCUAUCCACUGUGUGAGAACAACGUCUACAUGCUGUCUCCUCAUGCCAACAUCUGCCUAUAUUCACCAUUGGCUGAUCAGUUUGCCCAGCAGUUUCCUGGUCAUGAUCUGCCCUCCAUGUUAGCCAAGUUCUCACUCCCUGUCUCACUGGCUGAGUUCAGAAAUCCUCUAGAAGCUCCUGCACAGGAGGCCCAGUUGAUCCAGAUGGUAGUGUGGAUGCUCCAGCGCCGCCUGUUGAUCCAGCUGCACACUUAUGUCUGCCUGUUGGUACCGCCCAGCGAGGAUGAACCCGGGUUGAAGGAUGAAGACCCACCACUGGCUGCCCGAGUUGGAGGCCGUAGUCUCAGCACCCCUAGCGCACUCAGCUUUGGUUCGCCAACCAGUAGUGAUGACAUGACCCUCACCAGUCCCAGUAUGGACAACUCCAGUGCAGAGCUAUUGCCUGGUGGGGACUCUCCGCUUAACAAGAGGAUGACAGAGACGCUGCUUGCCAGCCUGUCCGAGCAUGAGAGGCAGGUUAUUCUUAACAUCCCCGCUGCACAAAAUCCAGAGGAUCUACGGAUGUUUGCCAGGCUGCUUCACUAUUUCCGGGGACAUCACCACCUGGAAGAGAUUAUGUAUAAUGAGAACAUGAGGCGCUCGCAGCUCAAGACACUGUUUGACAAGUUCCGCAGUGUCCUAGUGGUGACCAACCAUGAGGAUCCCAUUAUUUCAAUCUUUCAGUCACCCACGGAGUAG